GUUUAAAUAAAAUUGAAAACUCUUUCACACACAUAAAUAAAUCAUUUCAAUAUGCUUACUCUUCAAUUUGGACAAUGUGGAAAUCAAUUAGGACAUGCAUUGUUUUCAAAACUUUCUGCUGAUAUAGAUGCUAAAAAAACAGGAGUGUCAUAUAAUAUUAAUUAUAAUUACAUUGAAAAUGUAUUUGACAAAUGGUUUUCUGGAUUAACCAAAGAUGGCAAACGAUUAGCUAGAACAAUUCUUAUGGAUACAGAAGAAAAAGUUAUAAAUAAAAUAACAGAUAAUAAAUGUGAAAAUUGGACUUAUUGUACUAGUAAUAUCAUUUGUCAAGCUGCUGGGGGCUCUGGUAAUAAUUGGGCAUAUGGAUAUAUGGAAAAAGGAAUUAGAUUUUACGAAUUGAUAUCAGAUAUUAUUCAAUGUGAAAUUGAAAAGAUAGAUAAUUUGGAUGGUUUUCUUUUUCUUCUUAGUUCGUCAGGUGGAACCGGUUCAGGAAUUGGAAGCCAUAUAAUAGAAUUAAUGCGAGAUGAAUAUAAAAAUAAAUCAUUUGUUAGCACGAUCAUAUUACCAUUCUUAUUUGGUGAAAUGAGUACGCAAAAUUAUAAUACUUUGUUAACUUUAGUUAAAUUUUUAGACAAUGUCGAUACUGUUUUUCUUUUUGAGAAUGAAGAUGUUCAUAAUACACUUAAGAAUUUAUCAAAUGUUGAUGUUAAAUUAGAGGAUAUCAAUGAAGUAAUAUCAACAAAUUUAAGUGUAGCUUUUCAACCGAUAAAUAAUACUUUCAAUAAUUUACACUCGUUAAUUGCCAAAUUAGUUGUAGAACCAUGUUAUAAAUUAGCAACAAUUAAAAGUGUUCCCAUUUUGUCUACGUUUAAUGAAUAUAAUAGUACGAAUACUUGGUAUUCAUAUCUGUGUCAAUUAAAACGAACGCUUAAAGUAUAUUCUACCACUUCGGAUGUAACUUCUACAAAAACAAAGAUAUUAUCUCAUACGUCCAGUUCUACGCCAUCUUCAUUGUAUAGUCGUUCAAUAUCAAAUGUUUUAAUUACUCGUGGAAACUGUACGUAUAAAGAUAUCAAAACAGAUGAUUUAAAAGAGAAAUAUUUAUAUGCAGAUUGGGUUGCAACCGAUUCGUUUACGCAUUUCCAUCAACAACGAUAUAUUUUAAAUCACGAUAAGGCUUUAGCUUUACUUACAAAUAAUUCUAAUAUUUAUAAUCCAAUUAAUAAAGUACUAGAUAAAGCUUGGAAUUCUUACACACAUUCUGCCUUUUUACAUCAUUAUAAAAAAUUUGGUUUAGAGGACGAUGAUUUUUUGAAAACUUUUGCAAAAAUUGAAAAUGUUGUUAAAGAUUACAAGAAUUUAAACGAAAGUAAAGAAGAUGGUGAUAAAUGGUAGAAAUUUAAGAGAAAAUUAAUUAAGAAUAUCUGAUAUAAAAACAGAAACUCUCUCUGUGUUAAACCUUUAGUUAUUAAUUCUAAGCCAAACGAUCUAGCAUAAUUGUAUACAAAAAUGAAGUGAAUUUAUAAUCUGUUUUUACGAUAUAUAGAUUUAUUUAUUAUAUUAUUUAUUAUAUU